GUUUCUUUUUCCAUUUUCACUUUUGAGUUUACUUGAAACCUUCUGAAACUCUUUGAAGCGAGGCAACUCCGAUCUUGAAGAACAGAACAUCGAACCAGCUUUACGUCAUUUUCAGGUAAAAUGGUUUCGUUGAGAGAAAUAUCAGAGCUACGAGGUAACCAGGGCAAAGGUGGAGAAGAGGAAGCGGUUUUAUCAAUGGAGCCUAUCACGAUGAUAGUGCCGCCUGAGUUGCAGGACUCGCAGAAAACAAUGGCGCCUGAGGGAAAUGCCAGUUCGAACGCUAGGGAUGACAGCAGCGACCAUCCCACUACGUCGUCUAGCAGUUUGUCCACCGAAGAGACGCCCAGUCGUGAAGAAGGGAUGUGGGAUGUGGUGAGUAGUGUCUUAGAUUGGCUGGUGGUUGGGGAAUGGGAAGGUGUGACAAUCCUGGGCAGGUUGAGUAACCUACGAAAAGCACCGAAGGACCUGCCCGCUGGAUUCAGGUUCAAGGCUGCACUUCAUCACGAAGUAGCAGAUUGUGCGCCCUCCAUAAGUGGGUAUAAAAGGCUUGAGGAGAUGGUGAGGGCGUACCACAUCCCCAAAACCAUACUGCUGCGGACUGGCGGGCAGAACGAAAGGGCGUGCACAGUGUCGCAAACGGGCUGGAUACCAGUGUACGUGGACCACUUUGACGCCGGCCUGCGGUUUCCCCUGCCCGGACUGAUAUUCGAUCUGCUCGUGGAUUACGAGCUGGCGUUGACGCAGCUAACGCCCAACAGCAUAAGGUUCAUCAUAGGCUUUAUGCUGUUGUGCGCGAGAUUGGAGGUACCAGCUAAAGCGAUAGUAUUCAGGUCGCUGUUCCAGUGUCGGCUGUGCCCGAAUUCCAGAGUUGCCAAGUGGUACUAUCUCUCUGGGAGGGAGAAGAGCCAGCUCUUCAGAAAUGUGAGGAACAAGGUGGCGAGGUGGAAGAGACAGUUUAUUUUCGUUCGCGACACACGAGCAGAAAGGAUAAGCAACGACCUCGUUGCCCGGCUAUCGGAAUGGCGCAACCCAAAUGCCCAUAUCAACUACCCUCAGCUGUUGCCCCGGGAUGUCGAUCUGAAGAACCAGUUGCUUAACCGAGCUGAGGCUUAUGUAUUUGUUUGUGCAGGUGAAAUGAGCAGCAUACUAGAACGCCAGCGUCAGCGAGCCCAGAGCUCACGAGGCCGCGGGGCGAGCAGCACCUCGCAGAGGCAAACGCGGUUCGACGAGGGGCCGCCUGCAGCGCCUCAAUCACGCAGCUCGUCCCAUCGAGGAUCUAGCUCAGCAUCUAGGCCGCGGGCUGAGCAUAGGGUCGAGGCGGCAGCUCCCAGUGCACGUAGGUGUGCAUGUGAGGGGACGGAGAGCGAAGAGGAUGAGGUCCCCCUCUCUCGGCGCAGAACAAGCGGGGGGACUCAGCCCGCGCAGGCAGCUCGUCCUGCAAUUGUGCGUUCACCCAACGCACCGUCAGCGACUGCGCGGGCAGCCAUAGAGCCUGCCACUGCAUCGGCCUCAAUGUCUGGCCCCAAGAUUGCUUAUCCUGAGGGCUUCAGCUAUGUGCGGGCGGAAUGCCAGCCUGCCAUGGUGCAAGGCAUGCACAGCUUUGUGCCCCCCAUGGAUAGUAAGCGGGCAAAAGCUUUCGUGCAACAGCAUGGCGGGCAGGUCGCCAUGAUAAAACUGAUGGAUGCGUUCAGCUACGCAGUAGUGCUGUACGAGAGCGAGCAGGGAGCUCGUACAGAGAAUCGCGAGCUCGACUCCAAGUGCAAACAACUGGCCACGGAGAAGGCUAGCCUUGUGGACGAUGUGAAUCGUUUGCAAGGCUCUGAAAUGGCGAACCGAGCCGCGGCUGCAGAGAGCCAGGCGGACGAGCUCACCAAAAAGAUCAAUGAGCUUAAGGAGGAGCUAGAGCGAGCCCGUGCCGAGAGAGAAAGCGGGAUUCAAGCAGCAAAGGAUGAGGCCGCUCGGGUCGCUGAGGUUGACAAGAACCUCAGCGCUACCGAAGAGGCGUUGAACGAAUUGAAGGCAUCUCAUGCGCGCUCUGUUGGUAUUGCCCGAGCCCAAGGAGCGGAAUGGCUGGUUGGCUCAUCCACGUUCCAAGACGCCGUGGCGGUGGCGUCUGCAAACGUAACCACGGAGAUUUACAACGAGAUUCGUGGGAAGGUACUGCACCACCGCCCAGAUUUUCCAAUCCGCGAGCUGGUGUUCUUUGACGAUGAGGAGCUUGACGAACAGGGUAAGAGCCUUGCUCCCCUUGCUGACACAACUGUGAGGCUGAGAUGGGAUUUAAACGAGGAGGGCGUGCCCGUUUGGUCGCCGUCCGUGCUGGAGGACGGGGAGGAUCCAGCAAGGCUGCCCUCAUUUGACGCAUGGGUGGAGGGUGCUUCUGUAGCCGAGCAGGAGCCCUUAAGCACUCCACCCAGCUCUAAGCCCGCCAUAGUACCGGCUAGCUCUCCUGUCAAUGCGCCAGCUCCCGAGCCCGCUGCUCGCUCGCCUCCAGCUCACCCCACUCCGCCUGCAGCUGACGCGUCCAUGCCAGUCGAUUUGACGGAUGACUAGUCUUAGGAGUUUUUGUUUCAUUCUUUUGUAUUUUUGGUUUGGCAUUUUUGUAUUUGAUCAAUAGAUUCAAAUCAUAUGUACUUCUAAUGUAACAUCGUUGAUGAAAUACAAAAAUGAAUUUUCC